AUGCACAAAUUAUUCAAAGUUUUAUGCUGUGUUGUUUUCGUCGGAAUACUUUCGGCAACAUGCCCUUCCGGCACGAUAAAAUCGAUUGCCGAUCCGGAUAAUUGUUUUGCGUUGGUGACACAAAGAUCAUUAAAUGAAUCGAUGGCCAAUCGACGCUGUUUUGCCGGAAACGGGCGCUUGGUGCAAAUUCAAAAUGCUUUCGACAACAAGCUGCUCGUCGAUAUUGCAAAUACCACCCCAACGAUGACAUUUGAUUAUUUCUACAUCGGAAUAGUACGCAACGGUACAAAUGGCUGGAGGUAUUCGGAUGAUGAUAAUGGCCUCAACCAAGUGACAUAUUUCAAUUGGGAUGUUGAUCAACCCACACUGGGCGAUUGUGUGGCGAUGAGUCGAAAGACGCAAAAAUGGGUUACUGUAGGCUGCGCGAGUGAGCUGCCGUAUUUCUGUGAUAUUCCAGCAUUGCACGAGCCCCUCUUUUGCACCGAUAAAAUCAACGCCGAUGUGGUGUUUAUGGUCGACAAUUCUGGCACGAAAAAUGAUACAAGGAUGAUUCACGAUGUCCUUUUUGGCUUCACGACAGUAAUGCCAACCCGUUGGUGGGACCCAAUUUCGGAAGUGACCCUCACCGGCUGCUACAUGAAUAAUUUGCUAGAUCAACAGCAGACCCGAGUCGCUUCAAUUAUCUAUUAUGAUAACACCUGGAUUAACACCUACACACCAACACUGUGCACGGAUGCUUUCCCCGAAAAUGCUGAUCUCAUGGAUACCAGGCCAAACCAGGCGAUUACGGAUUUUUCCGUACCGGUUAAGACGGCGAAGAAAUAUUUUGAGGAUACCGCCCAGCCUUGUGUCUGUCGCAGAAAUGAGACGAAAUAUAAUACAAAGCAAGUGAUGAUUUGGAUCCCGAUGCGUGAUAGCUUCCAAACCUCUCAACCAGUCUCCCUCGACAUGCUCCCCACCUGGGACCACUACAUGUUCCCCAUUAAAUUCGCCAAAAAUUCGACGACGAACCCUUUCUGGAGUGACCCCCGGAUGAAGGAAAUUGUAAUGGUCAACGAUCACCCCGAAUUCAUCCCAACCCAAAUUAUGCGAUUGUGGCGGUUGCUUUGCGAUUUGACGAGCAGCGAUGGUGACGUCCCACUUCCGCCGUAUAUC